AUGUCGGGAUUAUCGGACGAAGACAACGGCGAUUGUGUGACGUGGGAUUCCAAAUUACCCGGGGGGAAGCUAGGCGGUGAUUCGUCGGCCCGUUCGAGCAGCCCGAAAACCCAGAUGGAGGAAGAGAAGCGGAUGCGACGCGUAAUAGCGAACUCCAACGAACGACGUCGGAUGCAAAGCAUCAACAAUGGGUUCAAUUCGUUGCGAAACUUGCUGCCGCAUCAGGAAGGCGAGAAGUUGUCGAAGUUUUCUUUUCUUCCCGGGCAUGGGAAAACCCGUUCUUCCUGUUUUCUCCUCGAUUGUUCCGCUGCCCGAGGUCGUCAUGGUAACCGGUCGCCUAAGAGCUCGUUCUACGCGUGUCAUGUGGGCGCGUGCUGCUUCAUCGUCACCUUGUGUUUAGUACGGCCACCCGUCUGGGGUCCCGCUGGCUGA